UUUCGUGGUGCAGAAGUCGGUUUUAAUUAAGCUUCGCAUCAAUUUGUAUCAGAUUCAAAAUAAUACUCAAUAUUCAUCAAGUUAUUUCUCAAGCCUUUAAAAAUUAAAUAAAAUAUGUAUUUAUUUAGCAACAAACAAACACCUGCAGAAAGAGAGAGGCAUGGUACCUAAGUACAAAAUAUUUUCAAAUAGAUAUUCAGUGAUUGAAUAUUCAGUUUUGAGUUUAAUGUAAGAGCGCUAGCACGUUGUUUACCUUAUUAAAUUGUGCUUUUAUCCAAUAUUGCUUAGCAAGAAGAAAUCGCUUUAAAAAUGCUUCAUAUACAUUUGAACCACCCCGAUAGUGUGUUUUAUAGAAACUAUCGGCGACAAUUGGGGGCAACCCUAACAGUAAAUUUACUUGCAUUUUCUCAUGGCAUUGGGCUUGGGUGGGCUGCUCCAAUGCUUUUGACACUUCAAUCACCUGAAUCACCUUUGGCCUUUAACAUAUCUGUACAAGAAGCUUCGUGGAUUGGUGCCCUUGUCAGUGUGGGCGGGUUAAUUGGCAAUCUUACAUUUGGUAUCCUGCUUGACCAUAUUGGACGUAAGAAGUGUUUAUAUCUUCUAGCUGUACCACACAUAUUUUUUUGGGCCACAAUUUUUUUCGCCAAUGACGUUAAUUACCUUUACAUAGCCCGAUUAUUAGGAGGUACCACUGGUGGUGGCACAUAUGCUAUUAUUCCCAUUUUUGUGGCCGAAAUCGCUGAUUCAAAAAUUCGAGGAACACUGGGUGCAAUUUUUUGUUUUGCAAUGAACACUGGCAUGCUCUCGGGAAACAUUAUUGCAUCUCAGAUUCCCUAUCUACUUAUUCCAUGCUCAGUAAUAGUGCUGCCUAUCUUGUUUCUUCUCUUCAUUGUACAAUUCCCUGAAACACCACAAUUUUUAAUAAGCCAAAAUCAAUGUGAUGCAGCUGCAGAAUCUUUGAAAUAUUAUACAAACGUCAACUUAAAUAAGAAGGAUGAACAACAGCAAUUUGAUGCAAACUUCAAUGAGAUGAAAAUGCUCAUUUUGUCAUCAAAAACUAAAGAAAGUCUUUCCAUGAAUGAUAUAUGUACAAAAAAAUCUUUGAAGGCUCUUCUUGUUGGAACUGUCCUUAUGAUCGUUUUAAAUAUUACAGGAAUUUUUACUAUUCUCAACUACUCGUCAAUGAUUUUCGCAGAAGCAAGUUCUUCAAUGGAUCCGAAAACCAACACGAUUAUCAUUGGAGCAUUCCAGAUAAUUGGAGCAUAUUUUGCGUUUAUUCUGAUUGAUAAGUACGGGAGAAAGAUUCUCAUGAUCGCAUCCACGGGUGGAAUGAGUCUUGGUUUUACUUUACUAGGAGUACACUCGUACAUGUCCACUGAAAUGUCAUUUACCAGUGCGAGAUGGCUCCCAGUUUUACUCAUGUCCUUCAUUAUUUUAGCAGGAAACAUCGGUGUUAUUUCAGUUACUUUUAUAAUACUUGUGGAGAUACUUCCUCCAAAGAUAAGAUCAUUUGGUACAACAUUGUGUCUGGUUUUCUCGAGUUCUAUUGGCACUAUAGUCUUAAAAGUAUUUCCAGUAUUAAUGAUCACUGUUGGACUUUCAGGUGUUAUGUGGAUAUUUGCAGCCGUUUCUGCAUUUGGAUUUAUUUUUUUCUUGUUAUUCAUAGAAGAAACAAAAGGAAAAAAUUUAAACGAUGAAAGUUCAUACCAUUAAGUAAAAUAGAAUUUGUAUACACCACGACCUUAUAAAACUACAAAUAAUUAAUUAACUUAAAAAUAUGACUUAAAUAAUUUAUGACCGA